AUGCCCACCACGUUGAAGGAGUUUGAGACGGUCUUCCCCAAGUUGGUGGAGGACUUGAAAGAGCACUGCCAGAAAUACCAGCUGCCGGAGCAGGCGUUGAAGUGGUUCGAGCAGUCCCUCACCCACAACACCCUCGGGGGGAAGUGCAAUCGCGGCCUGUCCGUCGUCGACACCACCCAGCUCCUGCUCGGCCGCAAGCUGAGCGACGAUGAGUUCUUCAAGGCGGCGACACUCGGCUGGAUGAUCGAGCUGCUGCAGGCCUUCUUCCUCGUCAGCGACGACAUCAUGGACAGCAGCAAGACCCGCCGCGGCCAGCCUUGCUGGUACCUCAUGCCCAACGUCGGUAUGAUCGCCAUCAACGACGCCUUCAUGCUCGAGUCCAGCAUCUACCUCCUGCUCAAGAAGUACUUCCGCCAGGAGAAGUACUACCUCGACCUGAUCGAGCUGUUCCACGAAGUCACCUUCCAGACCGAGCUGGGUCAAGCCUGCGAUCUGCUCACUGCACCGGAAGACCACGUCGAUCUCGACAACUUCAGCUUGGAGAAGUACUCCUUCAUCGUCAUCUACAAGACCGCCUACUACAGCUUCUACCUGCCAGUCGCCCUCGCCCUGCACUUUGCCGGUUUCGCCAGCCCCAAGAACCUCAAGACUGCUGAAGACAUCCUCAUCCCUAUGGGAGAGUACUUCCAGGUGCAAGACGACUAUCUCGACAACUUCGCCGACCCCGCGGUGUUGGGCAAGAUUGGAACGGAUAUUCAGGACAACAAGUGCAGCUGGUUGAUCAACCAAGCGUUGAAGAUCGCCACGCCCGAACAAAGGAAGGUGUUGGAGCAGAACUACGGCAAGAAGGAUAUCAAGAGCGAGGCAGUGGUUAAGGAGGUGUUCAAUGAGCUGCAGCUGGAGCAGGUCUACACCAAGUACGAAGAGCAGCGCGUGGGUGAGCUGAGGCAGAAGAUCGCUAGCAUAGACGAGAGCGAAGGUCUGAAGAAGGAGGUGUUCGAAGAGUUCCUCCGCAAGAUCUACAAGAGGAGCAAAUAG